GAGACGGUCGUCCCUCGAUCGCCGCCGCUCAGGACGAAGAAGAAGAAGAGGAAGAAGAAGAAGAAGAAGAAUAAACAAGUCUCAAGAAGUCGGAGAAGGACGAAGGCAAGAAGGCAGGGUCCUCCUGACUCCCCGUAUACAACGCACCCAACUCCCACCUCCAUAUCGCCCCUCUCUCUCUCUUUCUCUCUCCUUCUCUCUCUUUCUCUCUCCAGCAGGUGGCGCUGCCGGCAGCGGCGAAGUCGGCGACGAAAACGUCGUCGGCGUCGAACGGCAGGGCGGCAUUCGCAAGCCCUCAGCAGCUGCAGAAGCAGCAGCAGCAACAGCUCAAGCAGCAGCAGUCUUCUGCUGACGGCGGUGGCGAACGGCGAGUUUCCGGCUCUCCCGAAGUGCAAACACACGUGGUUGUUGGUCUAGUUGUUUGGUCUAUAGUCUCUGGAUUGGCUCCGCGCGUGGAACGUUAAGACUGCUCUCGUUUGUUGCGGUUCCGCUGCUGGAUUUUCGCGAAUGUUUAUCUUACGAUUCGGUGAAGGAGGGAACUCGUUUCCGCGAAGUGAACUUUAAACAGGUGUCGUUGAAGCUCUUCCCGCGGAAGUUUCUCCUUCGUGAGGACCUCGUGUCCGCUACAGUGAUGCCUCGCUAGACCUAAUUGCUCCCAGAGGAACUAAACCGUUUACGGAAACUGUGUGUGUGUGAGAGAGACAGAUAGAGAGAACCCAUGACCAACAUGGAGGAUGGAGGGGGCAUAUCCCCCGCCCCCUCACCCGGAGCUCAAGACCAACCCACAGAUCUCAGGGUACCGAGAGUUCAUCACGAAGAAGUUUCUCCAGAUAAACUGAAGGGGUCGGCGGCGCCCUUGAAGCAUCCGUCUCCCCCUCCUCCCUCCCCUCCUCCUCAAAUGCCCCACCAACAACUGCUCGACAACGUUCCUCCUCCCCCCUCAGGCCCUCAGGGUAUGACGUCUCUGCCCUUAGGCCUACAGCACCUGGUGCGCGCGCCCUCGUCUUUCAUGAUCGGCGACAUCUUGAGCCAGAAGGUCCAGGGCGAGAACGGCACGGCCAGAGAUCACCAACACAACCACCAUCUCCACCAAAUCCCCGCUCUCCACCAAAUCCACGACCUCCACCGCCGGAAUUUGCACCACCACCUCCAACACCGCCAACUCCACCAGGGUCCUCAUCAUCCCCUGCGCCAUGACGAGGAGGAAGAAGACGCUGACGAAGAAGAAGAAGAAGAAGAAGAAGAAGAGGAGGAGGAAGACGGAGACGAAGAACGCGAUGACUUAGAAGAAACCAGUAAUAGCCACCUCCUUUCGCACAAUGGUUCUCCAGCAUCUCCAGGGAAAACCGACGAGAGCAACGGCACGGGACCACCGCCGUGCAAGAAGCAGAGGAAGGCUCGGACAGCCUUCACAGACCACCAACUUCAGACGCUGGAGAAGAGCUUCGAGAGCCAGAAGUACCUGAGCGUCCAGGACAGGAUGGAACUGGCUGCGAAGCUCAACCUGACGGACACUCAGGUCAAGACCUGGUAUCAGAACAGGAGGACCAAGUGGAAACGUCAGACAGCAGUAGGUCUGGAACUACUGACGGAGGCUGGAAACUACGCCGCCCUCCAGAGACUCUACGGGACGCCCUUCUGGCCAGCGGCGCCUGCUUCCGUAGCACCUCCCCUUACGCCCUCCAUAUCGGCAGGUCUAGAGGCCUAUUACCGCCACGCCGUAGCAGCCCUUCGUCAGAGAGCCACCGCCGCUACUAGACCAAUCUUGGCACCGUCUCUCAACCAGGCGCUCUCCCCACCAUCUCCUCUGUCCUCCCUAUCUCAGGCACACCUCUCUUCUCUUUCCUCUCACUACUACUCCUCACUCUCCUCUUCUCUCACUUCUCCUCCAUUGUUGUCUGUUCUUUCUUCCUCCUCUUCUCCCACGGGUACUUCAGGUUCUCCUCCACCUCCCCACUCUUUUCCUGGCUCUAUAAUCUCUUCCAUGCCUGCGAGCCUGACGCUGUCCACAGUGGCGAGUCCACCUAGCCCUGGAACUCCCUCUCAGGUGGCAUCUCCUUCGCCAAGGGACUGCAGGGAUGAAAAUGAGUCCUAGACUCAUCUCGAGUUUACACUCCGUCCAGCGAGAAUCAAUUUGUUCGUUCGUUCGCUCGUCUACUGAAGGAGGCUGCGAAGGAGGUCGGUCGUCUGUCCGAAUGUUAGGCCUACAGAGGUACUCUAAUCCACACGUUACUUUCUUAGAAUGAUCUACUGAGGGGAGAUGGCCUUUGAGAAUGUUUGCUGAAGGUAUAUAGCAUCAACGUAAAGGCUAAAUCUUCGUGGAUAAAAAAAUCCGUCAACUUUAGGGUCACGUGUUAAGUUCUCUAAGCUGUCAGCCGGAACGACUUGUGAAAAUGAAUAGAAAAGAGCAUAUUAUGAAUUUGUGAACAUGUAAUGACGGUAACCAGCUUCUGAAUAUGUCUGACGAGGCUUUCAGUGUUUUAAUAAUAACCCUGAAAAGGAAAAAGUCUCACGUGAAUUACUCAGUAUAUAUACAAAGUGAAUCUGACGGAUUUAAACACUGCAGGAAAACAAUCUCUAGUAAACCCCAACAUAGAAAGUUAAUACUUCCUGGACGAAGCCAAAACAUAUGGCACGUUCAAGUGAAAGAACUGCUGUUCUAAAAACGCUUUCCGAAGGAAUCCUGCUUUCAGGCAAUACUCGGUGAAAGCACAUAGAAGGAACUUGACCUCUAGGAAAUGAUUGAAUGAUAUGUGAAUGACACUGACGUCUAAUUGACAAAAGAAGGAAAAGGAAUUGUGCUGAGAGAUAUCAAAUGAUUGGGAGGUACCUCAGAAAUUCAGAGAGGAGGUUAGAGACUUCUAAGCAGUCGUGCAACGUGUAUAUAUUUUCUGUUAUAACACACUCGUAAAUACUGGCUGGAAGUUUAUAAGAGAUGAGGCUUUUGUGACUAACCAAAUCCGGCUGCUUCAUUCACAGGUAGUGGUGAUAGUGAAGAAUCGUGUAGCGAUGAACUGAUGGUGUUGGAUGGUGACUGGAUGAUGCUGUUUAUGAAAUUAGCAAGGCAAGGCAACUGACGAUUAGUGAGAUGGUGUAAAUGAAAAUAUAAUGGUGACAUUUAGGCUCAUGAUGAGACGAGUGAGAUGGUAAUAUUAAUAGUGAUGACACUUAGUGAAGGGCUUUAGGUCAAGGCUUUAGCGACGCCAGAAAAAUAAUGACGAUGACUGAAUAUUUAUAGUUUCAUCCAAGGAGACGUGAGUUCUGAAAUGUACACUAGAAAAAAAACUUAAUUUAAUGACCAAAUCCAACGAAGAAGCACAAUAGCAAUUUGUAUCUAAAGAUAUUAUGUGACUUUUGUUCCAAUUUUAUUUAUCAAAAGAUAGCUUUUCCUUCGAGACUAGUUCCAAAGAUUGGGUUACCACUUACGUACCUUUUCAGUAUUCGAAAGCAGAUGUUGUUGAAUUCUAAAUAUCGAUCCGAUGCGUUGUUGAACUUGUACAAUUCAAAAUAUACUUUGGGUUAAAAAAGAAAAAAAAAUUUCUUAAGCGAAAAGAGUUUCCAAGAGAAUGAAGUAUUUGCGGUUGGAUUAUGAUAUCAACUCAAAUCUUUCAGAUUCUGACACUAAGUCAUAUCGGCUGAGGUAAUGUUAUCAGCAGUGACUAAGGUUGCGAAGACCCUUUAGUACUGACAACAUCUGCAAGAAGAAGCAUCUACAAAUACUCAGAUUAAUUAUUAGUGUUAACGUUAUGUUUUGAAGUUACCAUAAAA